GCUAAUCUUACAUGGGAGGCUACUAAGGGAGGAGUUAGGGAAAUUGUUUUUAAUGAUGCAUCGUGCUCAGCGACCAUUUUCUUAACUGACGGAGUAGCUCUAAUUUCUGAAGAGAUUUAUCGAAAAAUAAUUAAUUAUCUAGCUAAUAUAAAGGUGAAAGAAUCUAUUACCAUUGAAGAUAUAAUCGAUAUUAAAAUAUUUU